ACUUGUAGUUAGCCAGUAGUAAGCCUACAGCCAGUUUUGGCGUCAUGUCAUGAUUGCUAUAAAUAAUAUGAGGGUUCAUGAGCUCCUUUGCAACCUCCUCGUGUAUACACUGAACUAAGCCACACACAGAACGUCACCAUGGAGAUCUGGGCGUUUGCCAAUCUGUACACUGCUGCGCCUACAGUCGGUACCGUUCAGCCGCCCUCAAGUACGGUGACUGAGCUUCCUCAAAUAUGCACUUGUACCAUGGAGGCGGAUGCGUUAACUUCGACUGCAAUCCAUACAACUGCACUUCCGGACAGACUGGAAUCCACCCAUCGAUCCUGGAACGCUACUUUCACCCACAAUACAUCGAGCAUCGGCACCGCGCUCAGUCUCGUGACGACGACGUCUGGUGGUGAUGUUCAACCAUCGUGGACCUACUAUAGGCCGACGGUGCACACGACCGCGGCGAUCCCCGUCAGCGCAACCGAUUCACAUGGCGCCGGCUGUGACCACCUUGCAGCCCUUUUUGUCUUCUUUCUUGGUGUAUACCUAUGGGAUCGGCUGCAUUAG